AUGCCGUUCAUCAACGCAUUCUCCCGAAAACGCCGUCAAUCCUCUCAGAAUGAGUCUUCCACUCCUGCGCGAUGGCCGACUCCACGACUCUCCAAGCUUCCAAAGCUCGAUCAGCUCCUCUUCGAUGGCACGGCAUCUCAUUCGAUAGAAUCGACUAGUACGGGGCGCUCCAAGGCCAGCGUCAAAAGCCAGUUCAAGAGAGGGAUGUCGAGUAUCAAGACAAUGCUGGGUAUGGGAGACAGAUUCAGCGAAUCUAGCAUACGACAUCAUCCUGAAGCCGUCUAUGUAUCAACCCAGGGCUCACACACAAGCCAUCUGCCAGAGAAAGAAUGCAAAGCCAGCACCAUGUACCAGCCUUUGAGGAUACGAUUGACUGCGCUUGCCGAUGCCCCUGCCUCACACCAGGACAUGACUGCUUCGACCUCGUAUCAAAAUUCGGAGAAUGUCGACUUCUUCCCAUCGGAAUGGACAAGCAAUCAUAAGAUCUCACGUCGAAACCUGCGUCGGAGUCAGUCAGCACCUGGACUACAACGCCGUAUAACCCAGAAAUUCCAGCAAGCUUUCGGCGAUCCCACUGUUGUGCGAAGGUCUGAAUUACGGUCUAGACCCAGUGUCCAGACCCUGGCACUCGAGGCGGCAGAAGCGACCACGACCCAGCAAUCAUCCACGCCGUCCACUCUGUAUAGCGGGAGUGCCUCGCCCGUCAAGCGGAUAACAUCUACCCCGAUGACUUCGGAACCGGUCACUCCAAAAUCACUGGCACACCAGCAGAGCAUGAACUCCUUGGAUAUCGAUCGCCAGACCUACUUUGCGGAAGCACGGUUGACCCCCAUUCCAGAAAGCGCGACCCUACCACCUGUUUCAAUCCGGACGGUGGAGUCUGCAGCUGCUGCAAAGGUGUUCUUCGAGAUGCAUUUCAACUCGCUGUUCAACGAGAACGCCCCAAGAGCGGUUCGUCGACGGGUGUUGGAGUUGAAGCUCAGAGAACAUCACCUAUCUCCCAACAGUCAAUACCGAGCUCGCAAGGCGUGGGAACGCGCCGAAAGCGAAACACUCCGCCAAACGCGGGUUCUGAAGAACACGACCAACCAGGCCCAAGCGGCCAAAGGGGUUGCGGUCGGGGGCUUCAAGGUUGUGACUGUCUUGGGGAAAGGCAGCUUUGGCGUUGUCCGGUUGGUCAAAGCCAAAGGUAGCCCGGAGGAGCCGACGGCUUCUGAGGCGACGAAGGAGAAAGGGCCUGAACUCAAGUCGUCGCGAGUAAGUCUGAAAGCUUCUGUCAGGGCAUUGCCUGGGUCGGUUGUCAACAAAAGGCGCGAACUGGCUAAAGGCAGGAAAGAAGUGUUUGCCAUGAAAGUGAUUCGGAAGUCCGACAUGAUCCGCAACGGACAGGAAGGCCACCUACGCGCCGAACGAGAUUUUCUCGUGGCGGCAGAAGGGUCGAGAUGGGUCAUUCCACUGAUAGCCGCCUUCCAGGACAGGAAGCAUUUGUAUCUCGUCAUGGAAUACUGCAUUGGAGGCGACUUUCUUGGUCUCCUCAUCCGAAGGAAUGUCCUCAGCGAAGAAGUGACCAGGUGGUAUGUCGCGGAGAUGAUUCUGUGUGUGGAAGAGGCCCAUCGGAUGAAGUGGAUUCAUCGAGACGUCAAACCAGACAACUUCCUCAUUGCAAUGGACGGACACCUGAAGAUUUCCGAUUUUGGCCUGGCCUUUGACGGCGAGUGGUCUCAUGAUCAGAAGUUCUACCAACAAUAUCGGACUUCGCUGCUGGAGCUACUGGGCAUCGACCCGGAGGGAGAUGAGCAGGACCGACAGGAAAGGGAAGAGACAGAAGCACAACAACGGCAACAACGGGUCCAUUGCAUGCCGCCAAACGGCGGCUAUCUCAAGCACGCCCAGGAGACCUCAAGGUCGAGGGAUGAGCCGGCCAUCGGCGAACCAGUCCUGGAUUGGCGCAACCGCACUCAGCGUCGUAGACUUGCCCGAUCGGUUGUGGGGACGUCGCAGUAUAUGGCUCCGGAGGUCAUUCGUGGCGAGAUGUAUGACGGGCGCUGCGACUAG